AUGGCUAUAGAGAUUGAACAGCAGCAGCCUUCUGUUGGGCUAUCAAAAAUAGCUGUUUCUGAUACUCAUGGAGAAGACUCUCCAUACUUUGCAGGAUGGAAAGCUUAUGAUGAAAACCCUUAUCAUGAAUCAAGCAAUCCAUCUGGAGUCAUACAGAUGGGACUAGCUGAAAAUCAAGUUUCGUUUGAUCUGUUGGAAAAGUACUUGGAAGAAAAUUCAGAAGCCUCCAACUUGGGUUCAAAGGGAUCAAAAGGAGUGUCUGGCUUUAGAGAAAAUGCCUUGUUUCAAGACUACCAUGGCCUUUUGUCUUUUAGAAAGGCAAUGGCCAGUUUUAUGGAACAAAUUAGAGGAGGAAGAGCGAAAUUUGACCCUGCUAGAGUAGUCUUAACAGCAGGUGCAACCGCAGCUAAUGAGCUGUUGACUUUCAUCAUAGCUGAUCCUGGUGAUGCUUUGCUUGUUCCAACACCAUACUAUCCGGGAUUUGAUAGAGAUUUGAGGUGGAGGACUGGUGUGAACAUUGUGCCAAUCCACUGUGAAAGCUCAAACAACUUCCAGAUUACUCCAGAAGCGUUAGAAGCUGCACACAAAGAGGCAGAAGCCAAGAACAUGAGAGUGAGAGGGGUACUAAUCACAAAUCCAUCAAACCCACUUGGUGCAACAAUCCAAAGAGCAGUCCUUGAACAGAUUCUUGAAUUCGUCACUAAAAAAAACAUCCAUCUCGUUUCUGAUGAAAUCUACUCGGGAUCCGCCUUCUCAUCCUCUGAAUUCAUUAGUGUGGCAGAAAUUCUUGAAGACAGGCAGUACAAGGAUGCAGAAAGAGUCCACAUUGUUUAUAGUCUAUCCAAAGAUCUUGGCCUUCCUGGUUUUCGAGUUGGCACCGUGUACUCUUACAAUGAUAAGGUUGUGACAACAGCAAGAAGGAUGUCAAGCUUCACCCUAAUAUCUUCUCAAACACAACAUCUCUUGGCUUCCAUGUUAUCUGACAAGGAAUUCACUGAAAAUUACAUAAAGACAAACAGAGAGAGACUGAGGAAGAGAUAUGAUAUGAUCAUCGAGGGUUUGAAGAAAUCGGGGAUCGAGUGUUUGAAAGGAAAUGCUGGGUUGUUUUGCUGGAUGAAUUUAAGUCCAUUUUUGGAUGAACCAACAAGAAAAGGUGAACUGACCCUCUGGGAUUCCAUGCUGCAUGAAGUGAAGCUAAAUAUAUCUCCAGGUUCUUCUUGUCAUUGCUCUGAGCCAGGUUGGUUCAGGGUGUGCUUUGCCAACAUGAGUGAGCAGACACUUGAGAUUGCAUUGACAAGAAUACAUAAUUUCAUGGAUUAUAAAAAGAGGGCUAGCUAAAAUUAUAAUUUAUUUCUCUUUUAUCUU